ACUGUCAAUUGCCACGAAGUUCCAACAUCAACUCCUUUAAUUUUAAAAAAUAAAGAAAAUAUAAAUAAAACAUGAAUUCUGAGUUGAUUCUUCUGUUUGUUUUGAGUUCAUUAGUAGUUUUAUCGUCAUGUUGUACUGUAAAAUCAUCGUCAUAUACCACGAAUGAUGAGCUGGUCAUUGCAAAUCAAGUGGGUUACAUCACAGUGUUUACCUUAAACUGCAAGAAUCAGGUUAAUUCUAUUCCAUUGUUUGGUGAAGUAAAUGGACAAAUCUUCCCUGUUUUCCGAGUGAAAGACGAUCAAUAUCAAUUUUCAUGGACUGAAGAUAAGCAAAAAAGUGGCAACAGAGAAGUUCGUUUGUUCGAUGAAGAACAGUUUGCCAAUUAUCGUAAGGCUCAACGUGCUGGAGAAACACCUUCAGUUGAACCACUUGCAGCUAUUCAAGUAAAGUUCUCAAGAAGCUAUGGAUCCAAUCUUUUAAUCAGUUCAGAAUUUGUCGUUCUUUCGGCAAGUUUGUUUAUAGCUUAUAUUGCUUUCCAAAACAGAAUGAAAUUAGUCUCAAAUUAAGAGAUGCUUAUUGAAAUAAGUUUUCAAUCAUUGAUCAACUCAUUCUUUUGUCAUCAUUUUGUGAAAAGUUAAAAGAGAAAGAAUAAAAAAAUCGUACAUUUUUGAGGGAAUCAUAUUUAUUGUGUACCCCUUUUUUUAUGUGACAAAAAUA